AUGGCCGCUUCAAAGGUGAAAUCUCCAUUCCAGUUAUUGUCAGUUAAUUGCGCAGUAGAACUGCGAAUACUAACACUCCGUCCUCCUCUUGUUCUUACACCCCUCUGUUGUCUUGAACGACUUCCUCGUGUUCUGGCUCUGCCUCUAGUUGUAGAAUGCCCUCGACAGAAUGACGAUGAAGUAGAAAUUUCUGACAACGACCGAGAUUCGCUUUCAGAUUCUGAAGGAGAACCUGAAUCAGAAUCACUUAGAUUAGACUCUCUCACAGGAGGUGACUCUUUACCGUCAUCGUCGUCUGAUAAAAUAUCCAGAUCCGAAUCUUCGAGGGCGUCGGUAAUGUGUGCAUCUUUCAAAACUGAAACAUAA